UCUCGACAUGGAGUAACAUACUAUGAGUUGACGAGAUCACAUAUCGAGGCAUCCCAGCAGCUCGGAGACAGAGAUGGGAAGUAAGGAGAGAGAGAGUAAAGGUUACGCAUGGGCAGUAGCAGCGGGCUUCACCGCUGCCUUAGCUGCCAUUUCUGCAAAGUUCUUCUCUUCUCAGCUUGUCAAAUACGGCCUUGUAAUUGCGUUUAAUGUGACAAUGUGGGGAUGCUACGUCAACAGCCUUAGAGCACUUUCAUCUCUACAAGCUACUGUGACAAACUUUGCUACAAAUUUCCUCUCCUCUGGUUUGGCUGGUUUCUUUUUAUUUGGAGAGACAUUAUCAGCCAAGUGGUUCGCAGGUGCUUUACUGAUUGUAGUUGGUGUAUUCAUACUCACUAAAUCAAGCAUAGAGAAGAAAACAAACACCGAUUAGAUGCUUGCGUCUAAUGGCUUUGUGCAACAGCUUCCAUGUUUGGGUGCACAUCAGAAAUCAAUAGCCUUAGUAAUUAUUUCUGUCUGAUGGCUUUGUGCAACAGCUUCCAAGUAUACACAGCCAGUCAGGUGCAAUCAAUCAAAUACUUUUGCCAAAUUUUGCACUAGCACUUGCACCAUUAGUUUCGAAUAUGCUGCAGAAAGCCUGUGUCGAUUCAGCCUUUGGGAAAGAAGAUGAACAUCAGACCGCCUAUAAAUCUUCAUGCUACGCUUUAUGUCACGCUUUGCUCUGCCUCUGAUGAACUUCUACAUCUCCGAGAUUUUUUUUAGGUAGAAGUCCCCCUCGGAAAUGUUGUUAGCUUGUUAUUCUAUAACUUCCUUUACUUAAUCAGGUACAAUGAUUUGUAUAUUCUCAAGUAAAUUGUGGCAUGUCACUGUUGUGAAUCUUUUUUAAGUGAAAGUAUAAAGUGCAGAAUAUGAUUCUUUUAAUCUUA